AUGCACUGGCUGUCGUUUCUGCUCCUUGGAGUCUCCUCCACGUUGCUGGUGGCCGAACACACACCAUAUGUGUGCGAUGGCAAGGACGACCGGGUCUGCGACGAGUACCGCUGCAUGUGCCGGAGAAAGACGUCAACAGAACCGUAUCCGCGAACAGAUUAUGAAUUUUGAAACACAAAUAAUUAAGGGAGUUAUCCCUCGUGUUCUUCCUCA